AGGAAGCUUUGAAAACCUUGAGCUACAGUAAAGCAGAGGUCCAACCCGAAGGCAGGUCCUCAUUCAUCGCUUGAGAUUCUUGUGAGGGCCACCUGUACGCUGAGAGAGGCUGUUGGACAGGCAGCAUGGAGAACAAUGUGACGCAGAUGUCUCGAGAAGACCUGGAGGACCUCAGGCAAGCCUUCAACAAAAUCGACAUCGACAAGAGUGGUUAUGUUAAUGACUUCGAGCUGCAGGAGCUCUUUCGCGAGGCCAGCCUCUCUUUGCCUGGGUACAAGGUGCGAGAAAUCGCAGAGAGGUUCAUCGCGGGUGACACCAACAAAGAUGAGAAGAUAAGCUUCGACGAGUUCGUUGCGAUAUACCAAGAUAUUAGGAGCAAAGACAUUAGAGAAACGUUUCGCAAGACCAUCUCCAGGAAGGAUGGGAUCUGCUCAUUUGGAGGAACAUCUGGACUCUCCAGUCAAGGAACCCAGCACUCAUAUUCUGAUGAAGAGAAAGUGGCUUUUGUCAACUGGAUCAAUAAGGCCUUGGCAAACGACCCCGACUGCCAACACAUCAUCCCCAUGGACCCGAAUACCGACAGUCUGUUCACAUCAGUGAAGGAUGGAAUACUUCUCUGCAAGAUGGUCAACCACUCCCAGCGAGACACGAUCGACGAAAGGGUCAUCAACACGAAAAAACGCACAAUGUUCAACAUGACCGAAAAUUUAAUCCUGGCCCUUAACUCCGCCUCAGCCAUUGGUUGCAUGGUGGUCAACAUUGACGCUCAGGACAUGAUCGCUGGAACUGCUCACCUGGUUCUCGGGCUCCUCUGGCAGAUCAUUAAGAUUGGCCUGUUCGCGAACAUCGAGAUCGCGAGCAACGAAGCUCUGAUCGCACUGCUGGGUGAGGGUGAGGACUUGGACCAGCUGUUGUCCCUGUCCCCCGAGGAGCUCCUUCUGCGCUGGGUAAACUAUCACCUUAAAGCUGCUGAAUGGAAACCGAUCAAAAACUUCUCUGAAGACAUCAAGGACUCCAGGGCCUACUUCCACCUGCUGAACGAGAUCGCUCCAAGAGGAGACGAAGACGACCAGAUACCCAUUAUCGUCGACAUGUCUGGCUUAAACGAGGACGAUGACCUGAAGAGAGCGGAACUCAUGUUGAAACAGGCGGCUCGAAUGGACUGCCGACAGUUCGUGUCGCCGCAGGAUGUGGUGGCGGGGAAUCAGAAGCUCAACAUCGCCUUCGUUGCCAACCUGUUCAACAUGUACCCGGCACUGAAAAAACCCGCCGACAACGGCAUCGACCUCACCACGAUAGAGGGAGAAUCCAGAGAGGAUCGAACCUUCAGAAAUUGGAUGAACUCACUGGGGAUUAGUCCGAGAGUCAAUCACUUAUACAGUGACCUGACGGAUGGCCUGGUUAUUCUCCAACUGUACGAGAAAAUCCAAGUCCCGGUGGACUGGAAGAAAGUGAACCGUCCUCCGUAUCCUGGUCUUGCUGCCAAAAUGAAAAAACUGGAGAACUGUAACUACGCCAUCGAGUUGGGCAAAAGGGAGGCAAAGUUCUCGCUGGUGGGCAUCGGAGGGGACAAUAUCAACGAGGGCAAUUCCAAGCACAUUCUGGCGCUGGUGUGGCAAAUAAUGCAAAGGUACACCCUCAAAGUGCUCUCAGAUAUUGGCGAUGGAGAAAAGAUUAAUGACCAGGUCAUAGUCAACUGGGUGAACACAAAACUGCAAGAUGGACAAAAGCAAUCGAGUAUCAGUAACUUUAAGGACAAAUCAAUCAGCUCCAGUCUCCCAGUGAUCGAUCUGAUUGAUACAAUCGCACCCGGAGCCAUUAGAGAAGACAUGGUGAAGAGGGAAGCUGACAGUCCAGAGGACUUGCUCAACAAUGCAAAGUACGCUAUCUCAAUGGCACGCAAGAUUGGUGCCAAGGUGUACGCACUGCCCGAAGACCUGGUGGAGGUCAACCCCAAGAUGGUGAUGACUGUGUUCGCCUGUUUGAUGGGGAGAUCGAAGUGAAAGCCUGGGUGGAUCGGAUUAUAAUCAUGGAGAUGAAAUGGGAUCUGUAUGAUGGUAUUCCGGUGUCAAUACUGAUGUCACGUAUAAAGUAAAACAUAUUUUCAGCUGAAGUGCAUACCUUGAAAUAGUUUUGCAGCUAUGGCAUUUUUUUUUAUACCUUUCAUCACUUGUCCUUUGGUUCCUGCACUUUUAAAGCCACACCAGCAUGAAAAGAAUGUGAUGAAGGUUUUUAAAUGAUGCUAACUCAUCUUUCUCUUAAUAUGAUCCCCGUUUUCUAUUCAUUCGUAGUGAACGAGUUGAUUUCUGGAACAAAGAGAUGUUUACUAAUUAAUUUUAGUAGCAAGAUAUUGCGUUUUUUGAUGUGUGCAUAUAAUGUUAAUAAAUGUUUUUGCUUCUGCUGACUCAU